AUGGCACAAUUACCUCCAUCGUCGACGGCUCGGAAAGUGAUGGUGGUGGCGGAUCCAACGCGAGAGUCGUCGGCAGCUCUCCAAUACGCUCUUUCUCAUGUUUUGGUCGAGGAUGAUACGUUAAUUUUGUUGCACCUCGAUGGUCCUACAAUGUGGAAGAAUCCACUUGUUACGCUUUUCAAAAGAUCGUCCUCCACGUCCGCAGCCGGUUCGCUUGUGGCAGCCACCUCUCUUGUGAUGGAAAUUGGUAAGGUAGGAGGAGGAAAAGGAGGGGGGAGAGGAGGAGGAGGAGGAGGCGGCGGAGGUGGAGGUGGAAGUGGAGGUACUGGAGGUGGAGGUGGAGGUGGAGGCAAAGAAAAAAUGGAUCAUUCAGAGGGACAGGAGGAAUAG